AUGUAUGGCAGCCCUCUCCGAGAGAUACACCUCAUUGACACAUCCUGUAGGGCAAAUAGAAGACAAGCACGAGGCAUUCGGGGCCCGCGCUCUGCCCUGACUGAUUUCCUGGCUUCCAAUAACAUCUCCGCGCAGCAAAUUCAAGAUGACUAUGCCAAUCGCCAGGCCGAGGCGGCCCGCCAGGCGAAUGAAGCACAGCGUCAGUCGGUUGACCCCGGUGCUGAGCAACGCAGGUCCCCUUCGGAGGCCAAUUCACCGGAGGAUUUGAUCAAAAAGCGUAAGCGACAACAGGCUAUCACGAGGAUCAAGAACAGCAAAGAGUUUGCAAAGCGCAAGGCUCGUCUCAGUGGGGAUCAUGACCCUGAAUAUGACGACGAGUCUCUGGCCAACCAGAUCCAUGAAGAACGACAACGACCACAACCAGGCCAAUUGGCAAAUUGUGAAAUUUGCGAGAAACGUUUCACCGUGACCCCCUACAGUAAAACGGGUCCAGGUGGCGGUUUGCUGUGCCCCGAUUGCUCAAAGAAGCACAAGGCGGAUGAGAAGAAGCCUCCGGCCAAGAAACGAGCCACGGGCAACAUCGGUCGACGACAAAACCAGACCAACUUGCUCGAUGGUCUCACCCCUCACGGCACUCAGAGCUUACUAGAGACGUGCAUCAAAAAAGUUGCGGAUUACAUCCAUGACGUGGAAGAUUUCGGGGACUUGCCUCCGUCUUUGCUCCUGCGCUUGGGACAGAUCCUGUCCCGACGCCGAGCUGUGACUCCAAAGACCCUGGAUUUGUUUAUUCGACCUCAGUACAGAUCGAUCGACCUUUUUGAUUGUGCCAAACUCGACACGGAUGAUUUCCAUAAGAUUCUUGCGUCAAUGCCCCAUCUUACCAGGGUAAAUCUUCGAUUUACCACUCCCUUCAAGGACGAGAUCAUUCAGUACAUGGUGGACCGUGAUAUGCAGAUCAAAGAUCUUCAUCUUGACGGAGCCAAUCUGGUUACCGAUGCCUGCUGGCGUCAUCUGUUCCAGAAACUUGGUCACCGACUCCAGAGCCUGAAGCUUUGGAAUUUGAACUCUGCCUUUGAUGAUGAAACCGCCCAAGUGAUGUGCAAGCAAUGUCCUAAUCUACAGCGUCUGAAACUCAAGUUUCUCCACAAGACCGGCAAUGGCACACUCGAGGCAAUCUCGAGCCUUCCAUUCCUCGAGCACCUCUCGUUGCACUACCUCAAAGAAACAGAGAUUGACCCCAAGCACCUUUUGAGUAUCAUGUCUGCUGUUGGCUCACGGCUGAAGACACUGUCCCUUGAGGAAUUCGAGCUUGUGGAUGAUAAGCUCCUUCAACUCAUCCACGAGCAGUGUCACUCCCUCACCAAGCUUCGUCUCUCGAAGAACUUCACAUUCACAGAUGCAGGCCUGGCUGCGCUUUUCGUAAACUGGCCCAACCAGGCCCUUACUUACGUGGAUAUGAACUCACUUCGAGAUGUGGAUAUGACCAAUCCCAAUGGCCCGGAGCAACCUAUUGGGCUGGCCUCCUCUGCAUUUGUGGCGCUGAUGGAGCACUCAGGGGCAAAGCUUCAACACUUGAACAUCGCGUCCUGUCGUCACAUCCCAUAUCAGGCAUUUGAACAGGUCUUCGCCGAGGGUAAGGUCUACCCGGAGCUCAAAUACCUCGACCUUUCGUUCAGCCCAGCAGUCGAUGAUUACAUCGCGAUGUGUAUUUUCCGGUGUUGCCCAGCCCUGCAGAGACUGGUUGUCUUUGCUUGUUUCAAGAUUCGCGACAUCCACAUCCCAAGAGGGCUUGCGGUCAUUGGUACCGUGGGUGCUACCGUCAAAAUUGAUGGAGUUGCCCAAACCGAGACUAUCUAA